AUGGGUAAACGCCCUUUAUCACGGAAGGAGAUCGAAGAGCAGAAAAAGCGCGAGGAUGAGGCGGCAGCGGCCCACGCAUUCAAAGAGUUUGUGGAAACAUUUCAAGAAGCACCAUCCAAAAUAUCGAAAGUAUGGGUGAAGGCAGGCACGUACGAUGCGGGCUCGAGAAAGGAAGACACAAAGGACAGGGGAAAAUUGUACAAACCCCAGUCCCGGCUCGAGUCCGAUCACGAAAAAUCGAUGGAGUACGUAAAGAUGGUUGCCAGUGAAAAUCGAAAAGAUUCGGCACUGGGCAAAAAACGCAACCAGGAAAAGAAGAAGAGCAACCUGGAGAUGUUCAAGGAGGAGCUGCGUCAAAUUCAGGAAGAACGUGAGGAGCGUCACAAGUACAAACACGCUGCCCGUAACAUGCUGCCCGGGACGAGCUCGUCCACCGAGGCGGACCCGGUGUACAAGGAAUCCGAAUCUGGUUCGUUCGAUAACGGUGAUCCGAACACGACCAAUCUGUAUCUCGGGAACCUGAAUCCAAAGAUAUCAGAGCAGGCGUUGAUGGAGCUGUUCGGAAAGUAUGGACCCUUGGCGAGCAUAAAAAUCAUGUGGCCCCGGUCGGAGGAGGAAAAGAUGCGUAAUCGUAACUGUGGCUUCGUGGCGUACAUGAGCCGUAGGGAUGCGGAACGUGCUUUGCGGGCAUUAAAUGGACGCGAUGUGAUGGGUUACGAGAUGAAGCUUGGUUGGGGCAAAUCGGUUCCGAUUAUGACACAUCCCAUCUACAUACCGCCGAAGCUGCUCGCUUACACGUUGCCACCGCCACCGUCUGGAUUGCCGUUCAAUUCUCAGCCACAUCCGACGGACACGGAAAACAUCCCAAAGAUGACCUCCGGCGCUUACAUGUCGGAACCGGAGCUGAAGGAGCAGAUGGAUGCGGUGUUGCUCAAAUCGGUGGUAAAAGUCGUCAUUCCGACUGAGCGCCCGCUGCUGAUGCUUAUCCACCGGAUGGUGGAGUUCGUAAUCCGCGAGGGUCCCAUGUUCGAAGCGUUGAUCAUGACCCGCGAGAUGGAUAAUCCGAUGUACAAAUUUCUGUUUGAAAAUGAAAGUCCAGCACACAUCUACUACCGGUGGAAGCUGUUCUCGUUGCUGCAGGGAGAUACACCGGCCGAAUGGCGUACGAAGGAAUUUCGUAUGUUCAAGAAUGGGUCCAUCUGGAAACCACCACCGAUCAAUUUCUACACCCAGGGUAUGCCCGACGAACUGUUGGCCGACGAGGAAGGCAUCGAAGCCAACAAGGGGAAUCUUUCCGUGGCCCAGCGGGACCGGCUCGAGGAUCUCAUACGGCAUCUCACGCCCGAGCGGCAGAAAAUCGGCGACGCGAUGAUAUUCUGCAUCGAGCACGCGGACGCAGCGGAGGAAAUUUGCGAAUGUAUCACCGAGUCGCUGUCGUCGAACGAAACCGUGGUGAAGAAGAAGGUCGCACGGAUCUACCUGAUCUCGGACAUCCUGCACAACUCGGCGGUGAAGGUGCAGAAUGCGAGCUUCUUCCGCAAGGCGAUGGAAAGGAACCUGCUGGACAUUUUUCGCAACCUGAACGCGUACUACAUGCAGCUAGACAGCCGACUCAAGGCGGAGGGUUUCAAGAGCCGCGUGAUGGGUGUGUUCCGGGCGUGGGAAGAGUGGACGAUAUAUCCGCGCGAGUUCCUCGUCAAGCUACAGCACACGUUCCUCGGCAUUCAGAUGACGGAAGUGAAGCAACCGGAAGAAGAACCGGAUGAGGAGAAAGAGGACGAAGACCUGGACGGAGUGCCGUUGGAUGGGGCGGCGUUGCUCAAAAGCGCCAUGAUGUGUGGUAUGACGAGUGGUGGAACAUCGGGAGGAGAGAAUCGAACGCCACUGCUAAAGCACGACAUCUACAGCGAUGAGGAUGAUAUCGAUGGAAUGCCACUGGCGGAUGACGAUAUCGAUGGGAUGCCUCUGGACAGCGGUGCAAUGGAGUCAAGCGGAAAUGUCGACGUGGUUAGACGGACCGGAACAUCCGUUUCCAGUGGCGAUGGACGUAUGAUGGUUGGAUCAGCAAAAGGUAAAGCGGGUUCGUUCAUUCCAUCGAAAUGGGAAUCGGUCGAUGCGGCUCAAAUAGAAGCACAAGCUAUCACCACGAGCAAGUGGGACACGCUGGAUCCGGUCGUUCCCGAGCCACCAAAGAUUAGCCUAAAGAAGGAUGGUUCCGGGGGUGGCAAAUACGGCGGCAAAUACAGUGACGAUGAUGAGGAUGACGACGACGACGUGGACGAUGAGGAUGAUGAUGAGGACGAUGACAUCGAUGGGCAGCGAAUAGAUGAAGAAGGAGUUCGCACUGCACCGGAUCAGGACGAAUUACGGCGUGUGCGGUUGCGUGAGAUCGAGGUAAAGAUGGUGCAGUAUCAGGACGAGUAUGAAUCCGGUGCGAGACAGGUGCGUUCGGGUUGGACACUCCACGAAGAGAUUGACAAUUACCGCAUGAAGCUGAUGAAGGAGAUGGAGCAAGAGUUGCGACAAAAAGGGCGCGAAGAACCGAGCUGGCCAGCAUCAGAUGAGGACAGUCGGUCGAGAAGGGGUGUGAAACGUCCCACAAGCCCGGACAGGUCCCGAAAGCACAAACGGAAUCGUCAGUCAGGUCGUUCACCGGACGGAAGUGGAAAUUACGGCGAUCGAAAGCGAGACUCGGCAUCACCGGAAUCGAAAUCAUCGAAACGCCGUCAUUCAAGCAGCUCAUCGGAAGAUGAUCGAGAACCGAGGGAACGAUCGGGAGGCCGGUAUCGCUAUUCUUCCGAACGUUCCGCGUCACCGGGUGGUCAGGUGGCUUCAAGUUCCUCCCGUACCAGCAAGUACGAUCUGCUUGGAUCUCCAACACGCUCAUCAGCCACGACGACAACCGAAUCGACGUACGAUAAGUACGAGCAGCGUCGGGAACCACGGGAUGGUCGCGAUAGUCGUCGGGAUAAGAAGGAAACGAGUCGCGAUCGGACACAAACGUCACACGAGCGAUCGGGAGAUCAUCGCGAUCAUCACCGGGACCAUCGAAGUCGGGAUCGUGACUCACGGAGUAGCACACAUGGACGCGAUCGUGAGCGUGAUCGAGGAAAUCGUGAUCACCGUGAACGUGAUCGAGAGUAUGAUCGCGAUCGUGACGGAGAUGGUGAUGGAGGUAGCUCUUCCCGGUAUCGGGAACGGACGAAGGACAGCUACAGUAGUAGUAGUGGUAGCUCUAAGAAGGAAUCUUCCGCUAGCUCGAAGUACGACGACAGAAGUCACAGUAAGCGAUAUCGGUAGGCGACGUGCGUGCGUGUGCGUGUGUCGCAUUUGCAAAUCUUCUUUAAGUAGAGUAGUCACUUGCCAAACACGA